CCUCCUUCUUCCUUUGUCCCUCCUUCUGCUGCUGCAGGUGCUCCCAAGGAGCCUGCCUGCCUGCCUGCCUGCCUCUGUCUCCCAAGCAGGGCCAUGGCCGCCUUGGGGGUGCCUUCCUGGGGCCCCCCUUGCUCCGGAUGAGCCCCCCCAAGUCUCCCGGGGCCGCCGCAGUGCGAUGCUGCUCCGCAGUCCCUUCUUUUCCUUCGUCCUCGCCUUCCUCCCUCCGUCUUGAGCCGCCGCCGACAUGCCCGAGCCUGGUGCGGCCCCGGCAGGGGGGCCCCCCGAAAACGAGCGCCCCAAGCGCGAAGGGGCCGAGGCAGCGCCCCCAACCCCGGCCGGGACGGGGGUCCUGGAUAAACUCUUUGGGAAGCGGCUGCUCCAGGCCGGGCGCUACAUCAUGUCCCACAAAUCCUGGAUGAAAACGGUGCCCACGGAAAACUGUGACGUGCUGAUGACGCUGCCAGACACAACGGAUGACCACACGCUGCUAUGGCUGCUCAACCACAUCCGCCUGGGCAUCCCCGAGCUCAUCAUCCAGAUCCGGCACCACAAGCACACGCGGGUCUACGCCUUCUUCGUCACGGCUACGUACGAGAGUUUGCUCCGAGGGGCCGACGAGAUCGGUCUGCGGAAGCCGGUGAAGCCCGAAUUCGGGGGAGGCAUGCGUAGCUUCUCGUGCGAGGAGGAUUACAUCUACGAGAAUAUUGAGAACGAGCUGUAUUUUUUCACUUCUCAGGAACGCCAGAAUAUUAUCAGGUAUUGGCUGGAGAACCUGCGAGCCAAACAAGGGGAGAGCCUGCACAAUCUCCAUUUCUUGGAAGGGCAGCCCAUCAUCCCUGAACUGGCUGCUCGCGGCAUCCUCCAGCAAGUCUUCCCCGUCCAUGAGCAACGGAUCCUCAACCGGCUGAUGAAGUCGUGGGUACAAGCCAUUUGCGAACCCCAGCCUUUGGAUGAAAUCUGUGACUACUUUGGCGUGAAGAUUGCCAUGUACUUUGCCUGGCUUGGCUUCUACACGUCUGCCAUGAUCUACCCGGCCGUCUUCGGCUCCCUCCUCUAUGCCUUCACCGAGAACGAUCAGACCAGCCGAGACAUCUCCUGCGUGGUCUUUGCCCUCUUCAAUGUCGUCUGGUCCACGCUGUUCCUGGAGGAGUGGAAGCGCCGGGGGGCUGAGUUUGCCUACAAGUGGGGGACGCUGGACACUCCGGCAGAGUCCAUCGAGGAACCGAGGCCGCAGUUUCGGGGCGUGAAGCGGGUCAGCCCGGUAACCAACGCGGAGGAGCUUUACUACCCACCGUGGAAGCGCAUGGCCUUCCAGUGCCUGGUGAGCCUCCCCAUCUGCGCCGUCUGCCUCUCCUUCGUUUUCCUCGCCAUGCUGGGCUGCUUCGAGCUGCAGGAAUUUGUGCUGAGCAUCAAGGAGCUGCCCCGCAUUGUCCGUUUCCUGCCCAAAAUUGCGCUCGCCGUCAUUGUUACGGCCUGCGACGAGGUCUACAAGAAGAUUGCCUACUGGCUGAACGACAUGGAAAAUUACCGGUUGCAGAGUGCCUACGAAAAAAACCUCAUCAUUAAAAUGGUCUUGUUCCAAUUUGUAAAUUCCUACCUAAGUCUUUUCUACAUUGGAUUCUACCUCAAGGACAUGGAGCGGCUGAAGGAGCUCCUGGUCAUCUUCUCCCUCUUCCAAAGCCUGGUGCGUCAGCUCAAAGACGCCGUCCUUCCCUCCGUUUUCCUCCAAUUUCGUCUCUCCUUCAUUUCCUUUAAGCGCUGGCUGGGCUUUUCUUGGCGGCGGGCCGAGGCCAAAAUGCUGGCCACGCUCCUGAUCACCCGCCAGUUCCUGCAGAACGUCAAGGAGGUCUCCCAGCCCCACCUCUACUCCAAGUUCAAGCGGGGCGACCUCAGUCCGCAGCACCUCCGGGAGGCAGCCCAGACCCUCCUGAAGCUGCUGGCCCAGAAGUGGGGGGGCCCUCGGAGGCGCACUGCAAAGGCGGAGGCUGGGACGAGGGGGGCACCCAACGGGGAGAAGAAAUGCCUGAAUGGCGGCUGCGGGGCCCCUGAGGACGAGGACGAGGAUGACGAGGAAGAGCAGAAGGACUCUGACUCGGAGGACGAGAGCCUCCUGGACUGUGGCCUGAAGCUGAAGAAGGUCAGCUUCAUUGAGAAGGCUGAGCGCAAGGCCGGUGGUGGGUUGGGGAAUGAGGAGUCCAGCUUCCUGGAGGAGGGCAGCCCCACCAUGGUGGAGAAAGGCAUGGACCCGGCCUCUGUGUUUGAGUUGGGUGAAGAUGACGAGGAGGAAGAAGAGGGCAGUGGUGGUGGGGUCCCAGGGAGCCCCCUCAAGGGCCUGAUGAUGGAGGCGGUGGUCUUGCGGCCACGGAGGCGCCGAGGGGCCCGGAACCCCGUGGGGGGCGAGGAGGAGGAGGAAGGCGAGGAAGAGGAGGAGGAGGAGGAGCGCCAACGGCGGAGGAACGCCCGCUCCUCGUGGAUCGACCCGCCGGCCGAGAGCUUCACCACGCAGCUGGCCCAAGCCGAGGUGGAGAGCUGCAUGAAGAAGUAUGAGGACACCUUCCAGGACUACCAGGAGAUGUUCAUCCAGUUUGGGUACGUGGUGCUCUUCUCCUCGUCUUUCCCGCUGGCCGCCCUCUGCGCGCUGAUCAACAACGUCAUCGAGAUCCGGAGUGAUGCCUUCAAGCUCUGCACGGGGCUCCAACGGCCCUUCGGUCAGCGGGUGGAGAGCAUCGGGGAGUGGCAGAAGGUGAUGGAAGCCAUGGGGCUGUUGGCCAUUAUGGUCAAUUGCUACCUGAUCGGUCAGUGCGGGCAACUGCAGCGCCUGUUCCCGUGGCUCAGCCCCGAGGGAGCCAUCAUUUCCGUGGUGGUACUGGAGCAUUUUGCCCUUUUGCUCAAAUACAUCAUCCAGGUGGCCAUCCCGGAUGUUCCCGGCUGGGUCGCCGAAGAAAUGGCCAAACUGGAGUAUCAGCGGAGGGAGGCCUUUAAGAAGCACGAGCGCCAGGCGCAACACCACUUCCAGCAGCAGCAGCGCCGCAAGCGGGAGGAAGAGGAGCGGCAGCGUCACGCCGAGUACCAUGCCGCCCGCAAGGAGCGCGAAGGCCGGGAGGAGGGCAAAGGGGGUGACACCGGCCCAGAUCAAACGGGCCCGGAAAAAAGCCAAGGCAAAGGCAAAGGGGGCGGCCCCCAUGGCGCGGAGAAGCCCAAGCGGCCCAGCUCCUUGCUGGCCACCAACAACGUCAUGAAGCUGAAGCAGAUCAUCCCACUGCAGGGGAAGUUCUUAUCCGGGGGCGCAACAGCAGCAGCAGCGGGAGGCGGGACAGCAGCGCAAUCCCCGACCGGCUCCUCCGCUGACAACAAACUCCCUGGUUUCCUCAGCUUCAAGUUCCUCAAGUCGCCGGAGAUGAAGAGGGAGGCCGAGAAGGUCCAGUCGCCCACCAAGCCGUUCAACCCGGGGAAACUUUUUAACUUCAGCAAGUCCGAGGGGGGAAACGGGGCCCCGGCGCUGCGGUCUCAACUCAACGGAGUGGCCGAUGAGGAGGCGGCCGAGGAGGUCGAGAUCCGAACCGCGGCUGAGGAGGACCACAAACUUUAGCAGAUCACAUUCGGGUUCAGACUUGGGGCAGGCGGGAAAGAAAUUCGGCCGCCGUUUUGUUCUCCAAGCAGAAUCAACAUUUGGAAUAAGAGGGCAAUCGUUGACUCUAGCCCAGAAAGAGGGUUUUAGGACCCUUCCUCAAUGUCCCCCGCUAGCCAUUGGUUCAGGGUUUUGGAGAUAAGUACUGAAAGUCUGCAGGAUUGCAAAGGAAUCAUCUAUAUGUCCCUGUCCCUCGAAAAGGCCAAUCCGCAUGCCAUUUUUCCCCAUCCUUUUUAGUUUGGUGACUCGAGGGGGGGGGGGAUGUAAACAAGUGCAUCCAAAGUCUCCCACAAACUAGGAGAGUUAGAGCAAUCUCAAAGUGGGGUCAAUACAGCAUUAGAGAAGUUGGGGAGACUCCAAACCGUUCCAAGAAAACCCCAAAAUGGUUCAACUUCCCACAGUGUGAGAUCUAGGGAACCCAUGCCUUUUGUAGUUAUAGCAGAUACAGACGGAAUUAAUUAUUCCUUCAGCAGAUGGGGAAAAGGAACCUGCUUUCUUUGGCCUUGUAAGGAUUGGAAAAGAAAACAAGAAGCCAACUUAGUAAAUCUAUGGACUCCUUUGCAGGUUGUGAGACUACUAGUAAGAGAUUUGCACCCAAAACCUUCCCACUUGACCCCCCCCCCAAAGAGGUCAAAAAUAUGAGCCCAGAAGAGGAGAUUUUAGAGCGGAAAGGGACCGCUAUAAGCUAUCCAGUUCACCCAAGGCCCUUCACUGGUUCUGAUGGGAAAUUUUCUUUUUUCCUUUUGGUGCUUUUUUUUUUUUUUUUGCUCGUUGCGAAUUCCCCGUCCGUACCCCCGUUCCAUUCUGCUCCCAUGAACUACCAUGACACAUUGAGGGGUAAAACCGCUCGUCCUCUUUGUCUUCUGCUUGGAGAAUAAACCCGCGGGGUCCACAUUUCUGGUUUGCUUCUUGCACUAAACGCACCCCCUUUUAUUUAUUUUUCGGAACAAUUCCACAGCAAAAAAGAUUUGUUUUUUGCCGGAGGCGAAAAUUCGUAUUCCUCGCAAUAAUACGGACUUUCUUGACGAAGGGGAGGAAAAGGAAGGAAUAAUAUGGGGCGGGGGGGGGGGGGGAAAUGUGGUCACUGUAGGAAUAGAGAAAUUACUUUGAAAAUCGGGUUGGGGUGGGUAGGGAGGGGCUUAUUUUGCGCAAAGCCAUGGCCGCUGCAUUGUGCUUUCGUGGAUCGAACGCAAUGAAUGCUUUGGGCACGGAAGUCCCCUCCGUCGGGCAACGAAGCGGAUCCGUAGCGGAGAAGGGAGUGUCCAAACUGGGGUUCAAAUACGACGGAGGAAGAGGGAAGUCGGGGCAUUUGAAUGAACCGAAUCCAGAACCAUUCUCUUAUCGUUCUUUCUUUCGAAUGCCGCUCCAUUACGUUUCCAACCCUUUUUUUUUAAUUCUGCAAAGGAAGGACAAAGAGGGUGGCCGCUUGGCAACGGAGAUCCAAACGGACCUCUUUAUUCUUCCUUUCUUUUGGUGCUUGCCAUGCCUUGGAGCUCUUUCGCCACAGCAAUAACGCCGCUUGCAUGAGACUCGGGUGCAAGGGAAGUCAAGUUUUGUGGGCUUCGGUGCCUGUCAGUGGUGGUUUCGCACUCGGGUCCGCAUCUUAAAGCUUUACAAAACCCAGAAACGCUUCUGAGCAAAGGGCUGGGAGGGUAAUAUUUGGGCUUCUCCCUUCCAUCCUCCUCCAUGGUGAACCUCGAACCCGGAUCUCUCUCUCUUUGCCGCGAGCCCAUUUCAUGUCUUAAAACGGGUCGGUGGGGAUAGGAGGAAUCCUUAACGUCCUUAUUUAUUAAUUUUGUGCUGCCUUUUGUUUGUUUAUUUAUGUAUGUAUGAUGUUGGGGAAGGGGGAGAAAAGAAAUACGGGAGGGGGAGGAUCUCGGUUUCUUUUUAAGUUUUUUUGUCAUAUUUUUGUAAAACCAGCAGAAAUGCAAUAAAAAUAUAUUUCAACAAGAUGGAAAAAA